ACUACUGUUAGGGCUAGUGUUAGGGUUAGAGUUAGAGUUAGAUUAUCGAAUAGGCCACGCCCACCCGAUGACGCAAUAUCUGUUACGCUGUUCUGAAAUCCCUGGAAAUAAGUGCAUCCCGCGGAGGAGCAGGAAGAGGAAGAACAAGAAGCAGUAGAAGAAGAAUCGCAUAAUUCUAUCGGAUAGUGUAUAUCCUAGGUCAAAGCUUGUCGGUUUAUUGAAUUUACAGCUUUGUAUAACGUUUACAUCAAAAUGCCAGCUGAAAAUCUGAGAUGGGAGACACUGGAAGCUCUGAAAAAUUCACCGAAAGCAAAAAUAAAUUACAAUCUUGAAAAGAGCGAGGACAUUUUAGCAGGUUGUAGAGAGGUAACCAGACUGUCCCCUCUCUCUGAACACGUUCUAAAGAGCUUCAGCCCUCAGUCUGUGAUGAAAAAUAGUUCCUGCAUGGGUUCCAUGUUCCCUGAUAUAAGUACAUCAGAACAUGGCCUCAGCUCUGGUUCAGCUGCCUUUAAAACGUUUCAUAGACUUGCUACAUCUCCCAACGUACCAUUACUUCAUACUGUCAAAAAAGAGGAAACUGAUGAUACAAAAGAGGGUUUGAGCUCCACAGUGGACAUUUGCAGCAGUUCACCAACACCAAUCUUCUCAACCAAGGCCACACAGAUGGCUGGCUGCAUCCGCAUCUGUGAGAAAAAACAUUGGGCUAAAUCCAAGUUAGAGCUGAACCUAAGGCAGGAGCUGCAGGAAUGUCUGGUGGCUGGUGUUGCUAGUCGGGAGUCAGAGCAGCUUAAACGCUUUGAAGAGUUCAUGGAGCUUAAGCAGAGACAGGAGUACCAGAGUAUGAGGGACAUGAUGGAAAAGGAAACACAGGAAAGCAUUGGACGCCAGGAGAAGUUAAAGGAAGAACACAGACAUAGAAUGAAGAUCUUAAACCUGAGACUUCGGGAGGCAGAACAGCAGAGGCUGAGAGAGGCAGAGCUUGAGCGGCAGAGGCAGUUGGAGGGCAGGGAUCGGUUGCGAGCACUCAAUGCCAUUCAAGAGGAGGUGCUUAGGCUCAAUCAGCUCCUGGAACCUGCACCUUACACACAAACAAGCCCCACAUUUGACUGCUCAUCUUAUGUCAGCCGUGGCAACCAGCUUUGUUCACAGGUUUCAGAGGUUGUACGCGCUACAACUGAAGGACAGUUUCCGUCAGUUGAUGAUAUGAUGGUGGGAGACCAGGCCCUACAGGAAAUGAGAACACUGGUUAGAGCAAUCCAGGAGGAGCUUGCACAGGUACAAGAGAAAAAGAAGAAUGAGCAAGUGGAAGAAGAGUGCAGGAAGAAACAGGCAGAGAUGAAAAUCCAGCAAGAGGAAAAGAAGAAAACGGCAGCAUUAGCUGUUAAAGAGAAACUCAAAAAACAAGGUCUGCAGACUAUGGCUGAUGACAGCACCUUGAAAUGGUAUAAAGAUCUGCAAGGUUUGGCCAGCCAAUGCACACAGUACUUUGAAGAUUUGAACAACACAAAGGAUAUGCAGAUAAAAAAAUUGAGAAUGGAGCUCCAGAAAGCUGCAACAAUUCCUGUGAGCCAGAUAUCCAGUAUUUCAGGUUCCAAGCUGAAGGAGAUUUUUGACAAGAUUGACAAAUUGUUAUUAGGAAGACAAGUUAUCUUUGGUGGAAAAGGUGUUUCCACGUCCCAGCAUCCUUAUGGACUAGAAUUUGUGAGCUAUAAAUUGGCAGAAAAAUUUGUGAAACAAGGAGAAGAGGAGGUGGCGUCUCAUCAUGAAGCCGCAUUCCCCAUUGCGGUUGUGGCUUCAGGUGUAUGGGAGUCCCACCCUAAAGUAGGAGACCUCAUUUUAGCUCAUCUCCACAAAAAGUGCCCAUAUUCCGUUCCUUACUACCCCCCAAUGAAGGAUGGCACCUCCAUUGAAGAAUAUCAGCAGAUUCUGGGAUAUCGUGUGGAUGAGUCAGGGGUGGAAGGUCAGGACAGUUUCUUAAAAAGAAUGUCUGGAAUGAUCCGACUCUAUGCAGCCAUAAUACACCUAAGAUGGCCUUUCACUAAUAAACAAGGGAUUGGUCCCCAUGGACUGAAUCAUGGCUGGCGUUGGUUGGCUCAGAUGCUAAACAUGGAACCACUGGCUGACGUUACAGCAACGCUUCUAUUUGACUUUCUAGAGGUUUGUGGAAAUGCGCUUAUGAAACAAUACCAAGAGCAGUUUUGGAAGCUUCUGCUUUUUAUAAAAGAAGAAUACUUCCCCAGGAUUGAAGCAGUCACUGACAGUGGUCAGAUGGGUUCUGUAACAAGACUUAAGCAGUUUCUGGAGAACGUCUUAAGAAACAAGCAGAUUGAGCCACCAAAAGGACAACUGAACUCAGCCUUCUGGAGAUCCUGAGGGUUUUGAUUAUUGAUCUGACAACUUCCUCAGUACCUCGAAAAUGCAUCAGGGAUACUGAGACACUGUUUACACUUCAACAAUAUGUUCAAUAAUGAAGUAUAAUAUUCCUGCAGAUCCAUGACUGUUUAUCAUCUGCAUCAUCUGUUUAUGCAUAUUUUUUUUUAAAUAAAAUUAUUUUGGUGUACAUGUACUAAAUGUAAACUUCCUGGCCACUUUGGUAGAUACGCAUGUAACCCUGGCCAUCCAUGUAAAUAUCCAGUCAGCCAAUUGUGUCGCAUCACAUCAAUGCAUGAAAUCAUGCAGAUAACCUUGGUACAUCAGUUAAGGUUCAUAUCAAAGAUACAAAUGUGAUCUUGGUGAUGACGGCACAGGUUCACUGAAACUGGACAACUGUUUGUUUUUUGUCCAAAUUUUAAACUGUCCAAUUCUUCAGGCUGAGCAUGAUUGUAAAAAGGGGUAGCAAUACACUUCCUGUCAGCUCAAA